AAGAAGGACGGAAAAUUCAUUUUUAAGAAAUCUAAUGUUCCAUCAAAAAUCUUGGAAAAUAUUUUUAGAUUUUUAUAUUGUGGGAAGAUUGAUUUAAGUGUUGAAAGUGCUUCAGAUAUUGUGACUUUAUUAACAAUGGCAAAUGAAUUCGAAUUACAUUCACUUGUUAAAUAUAUUCAAGAAUUUUUAAUUGAUAAUCAGAAAGAAUUUAUCAAAAAUAAUGCGAUUAAAUUUCUUGAAAAUAUUUUUCAAAGUGAAACUUUUGAACUUAUAAGAAAUUAUUGUUUAAAAAUAACUUAUGAUACUCCAGAGUUAUUAUUUGAAAAAAAUACUUUUUUAAGAUCGUCAUCCCAAAUGAUCGAAUUCAUUCUCAAACAAGAAAAUAUUGCAUUAGAUGAAAUUGAAAUUUGGAAUAAUUUGAUAAAAUGGUCAUAUGCUCAAAAUCCUGAUAUUGAUCAAGAUCCUUCAAAGUGGACCAAUGAUGAUAUUGAAGUAAUGAAACGAACCACACAUAGAUUAAUUCCAUUAAUUAGAUUCCAAGAUAUUUCUUCUGAUGAUUAUUAUGAGAAAGUAUUUCCUUAUGAAGAAUUACUACCAAAAAAACUGAAGGGUGAAAUCAUGCAAUUUUAUUUAGUAUCUAAUAACAUAACAAAAAUUAUUAGCUCAUUACCAUCAAGAUCAAGAAGACCUAAACGACAAUUGGGGUAUAAUUCAGUUAUUAUUACUAAGUCUCAACAUUUUGAUAUUUUUGCUAGUUGGAUCGAAAAGAAAAAUAGUUCUUAUUAUAACGUAAGAAAUAUUCCAUAUAAAUUCAAUUUACUUUAUCGUGCUAGUAGAGAUGGUAACACAGCUGCAGCAUUCCAUAAUCUAUGUGAUAAUAAAGGACCUACAAUACUUAUAGCAAAAAUUACAAAUUCAGAACAAAUAGUUGGAGGGUAUAAUCCAUUGGACUGGAAGCCGAUUUUAAAUAAUGAUAAUUAUUAUAAGCCAACAAAUGAUAGUUUUAUUUUCUCAUUUGCAGAUAGAAAUAACUUUCAAACUGCAAAAGUAAGUUAUCCGAAAGAAGAUCAACAACAAUAUUCUAUACUUGGUAUGUCAGAUUAUGGGCCUAUAUUUGGUUUUGGCUUUGAUUUAUGGUGUUAAAAUAAUGGUGCCUGGUGUUGUAAUCCACGUACUUAUUAUUCAAUUGAUUUACCACGUAAUUUCAAUGCGAAUGAUUAUGAAGUAUUUCAAGUUGUUAAAAAUUAAGUCAUAUAUUUUUUUGUUCUAUAU